GUACCUUAUCUAGGUGCUUAUGCGAUGCUUCUAAAAUUCUAUUAUUAAUUAAAUACGUUGGUAUGCAAUUAUGAAGUAUUCAUAUGACUCUCUAAAUGAGGCUCGAGCUACCCCGCGAGACUUCAUACAGCUCUAGAUCCCUGUUCUAGCUGUUUGGGCCCCCACACCGCCCACCACCAACACCAAACUUCAUCGUCAUUCGAUUGGGCGAAAGUGCCAAAAUUCAAGUCCAGUCCCACAAUCCACUUCAACGACACGAAAUCGCAUAUCUAUAACCACCAUACCGAGUAUAGGCUGUGCCUACAUACUAUUAUACAAACAACCGACGACGUCUAUUCCGCAGCAAGGCAGCAUUCACUCGCAAUGCCAUACUUCGCCACGAGCCAGGAAUGGCUGCACCAGUCUUCGCUCCUCCUGGAAGCGCGACCAACUACCACACGCAUAACAACCAAAUACCACAUCAGCAAACCCAAACCCCGACGCACCAAAAAAGCCCCAACCUCCCCCCCCUCCACAACAACAACAACAACAGACACCGCUCCCACCGCGGCGCCCCGCGGCUCCCUCACCCUUAAAACCUACGACCCGCAUUCCGGCGCCUGCCUCAAGUACCGCACGACCAAAGCAGCCGAGGUAUCGCGCCUGAUCCAGAGCCUAGGCCGGCCGUUGGGAGCGCGCAUGGCCGCGCUGCCGCUGCCCGAGGCCGCGGACGAGGUCAUGGCCGAUGCGCCGCUCGCGGCGGGGACGCCGGCGGAGGAGAAGAAGGGGGAGGAUGUGGUGGGGCCGGCUGCGACGGAAGGGAGUGCAAGUGGUGGUGGAAAGGCGUCGGGACAGGGACAGGGACAGGCGGGAGGUAGUGGUGGUGGUGGGAAGGGGAAGAAGAAGCGUGGGAAGAAGUGAGGAAAUGGGGUAAUGAAUGCAGAUGAAGGGAAGAGAAGGAUUGGAAAGUCUAUAUUGGGCUAUAUCCGAUUGAAGGGAGAUCCUAGAGGGGAGUAUAGUUCCUUACACUACAUCAUAGCAUUGCUAUAAGGUUAUAGUUAGGAUCAUAUUCAAAGCUUGAUUGCGAAGCAGGCUGGCUAUAAGAGAAAGCCCAGCGCUUGGACACAAACCAAUAAACCUAUAGAUACAAACUUCGCAUUAUAACAACAUUAUCAACAAUUCAAAUAUCACGCAAUACCAUGU